UCCGUGCGCGAGUUUGCAGUCUCCGCAGGCUCCGCGCGGAGACCGGAGGACUCGCCUGGGAAGGUGGCGGGGGCCUGCGGGGCGCGCGGAGCUGGGCCCCGGGCUGGCCCCGGGCGGGGAUGGGGCACAGCGCGGGCACCCGGUAUGGCCCUGCCGCUGCUGCUGGGGCAGCUGCUGGCGCUGAUGGGCCUCGGGGACGCAUUCUACCUCGAGGUCCGCGAGCUGGAGGAGAAGUGCUUCAUCCAGGAGAUCCCCGAUGGUACCGUGGUCAUAGGUAACUACAAGACGGAGCUAUACGACCCUGCUAUGGAAAAGUACCAGCCCUCCCCCCAGUGGAUCAAUUUAUUUGUGUUUGUGAAGGACCCGGAGAACAAGAACCUUCUGGCCCGUCAGUACGGCCCUCAGGGCAGCUUCACCUUCACCUCCCAGUCUCCAGGAGAGCACCAGAUCUGCCUCCACCUUGAGUCUAUCCGGUUCGCCCUCUUCUAUGAUGGCAAGCUGGCCAUUCACUUGGAUAUGCAGUUGGGUGAACGCAGCAACGAUUACGCGGAGUUUGCAGCCAAGGACAAGCUGACCCAGCUGCAUCUGCGUGUCCAGCAGCUUGUGGAGCAGGUGGAGUUGAUCCAGAAGGAGCAGGAAUACCAGAGGUGGCGAGAGGAGCGCUUCCGGCAGACCAGCGAGAGCACCAACCAGCGGGUACUGUGGUGGUCCAUUCUGCAGACCUUCAUCCUCGUGGCCACAGGUGUCUGGCAGAUGCAGCACCUCAAGAGUUUCUUUAAAGCCAAGAAGCUGGUGUAGGUGGGCCCUAGAAACCCAGCCCCAACUCAUUCCCCUUCUGUUCACUGAUGGGAAGUGGCCUGGCUUGGUCUAUUUCCUGGUUCCCAACCCCCCAACCCUGCAGGGCUUCCUUGCUUACUGGCAGGGGGACAGAGGACUUCUUUGAACUGGUUUCUCAGCCAGCACUUGGGAAAGGAUGGGUUUCCCACUAAACGCUUGGUCGGGGAGCUGAAGGAUUCUGUGUGGCUCUGUGCUGCUGAGGAGGGUGACGGUGCCCCCAUCCCCAGGCUAAACCAGAUGGAUGAACUAUCCCAAGAUGGAGAAUUAAGAGUGAAUUAUAAACUGCAGACUCUCUGACCUAAGCAUU